GGACUAAAUAUUCAAAUAACUCUAUCCUCACCUCCUCCCUUCUCCCGCUAUCUUUAAUUUAUGUGAACUGUUGUCCUAUUUUAUAAGACAUUUUUUUUAUAUAUAAAAGAUUUACGUGAGUUGGAUCUUAUUAACAAUCGGAGUUAACAUGAGAAGUUUAUAAUAAAAAGGUGUACUUUUGAAAUGAUUUUUUAUCAAUGAAUCAUUACUUUUUUUUCCAAAACAUCUUACUUGCUCCCUCUGGAUGAUAAUAUAAAUUAUUAUUAACUAAUUUAUUUUUUAAAAAAAGUUGAUUAAAAUCUUAAUUUUUUUAAAAAUUACAUAUCUUUCCAAUUUUACCUUUGAGUAUAAUAAACAUAACCUUUUGAAUUAUUCAAAACACUCUCAUUAAUUAUUCAAUAAAAUAAUGUUAUAAUUGAAAAAAAAAUAUAACACUUAGCUAAUAUCCUAUAAUUUAAACCAGGCAAAACUUUCAAAAAACUAUUUAUAUUAUGGUCUGAUUUUUUUUUUGUCAGAUAUUAUGGUCUGAAUUGGAGGGACUAUAUUAUAGCACAACAAAUCAUUGCAUAAAAAUAUCUUAUAUAAUGGAGGAGAGGGAGUAGUUAUUUAGCUCCUAUAUUUUUUUAUCAAAGUGAGUAUUAAUUUUUUUUUUUUGGUCGUUAUCUUUGUUCAUUUGGCUUACGGCAGGUCGGGAUUCAAUAUUCAAUGGGAUCUCAUCCAAACUUUUCUGGUUCAUCAAAUCCUAACUAUGAGAUAGUGAAAGACAUUAUAAUCGAUAUAAAAACCAAACCGGAAGAUCCGAUGAACACAACUAAGAACACCAUCUACAGAGUCCCAUGCAAUCUUCGAAAGCUGAAUAAGGAUGCCUACACUCCUCAGUUAGUUUCAAUAGGACCACUUCACUAUGGUCAGAAAAAGCUAAAACCAAUGCAAACGCACAAACUUCACUACUUGGAUCUCUUCAUCAAGGGACGUCUCAAGGGCAAAAUGGAAGCCAUGGACAAGUUCAAGGACUUCCUUAAAGAAAAAGAACAAGAAAUACGCCAAUGCUAUGCAGAAAAGCUGUUCUGUGGGCAAAAGUUGGUGGACUUGGUACUAUUGGAUUCUGUAUUCAUCAUGGAACUAUUUCUGAGGAUUCAAAGGAAAAAAGAAGAAGAAAAGGGUGAUGAUAAUGAUGUUGUUGUACCGAAACAAACAUGUUCUUCAUGUUGCUAUAUCAAUUGUGAUGAAAAUAAUGGUGCUGAACUGACACAAACAUGUUUAGAUGAUGAUGAUGUUAUACUGAAACAAACAUGGCUGAACAAGAAUAUCCAGAGAGACUUGCUUCUGCUUGAAAACCAGAUUCCAUUGUUCAUCUUGGAAGAGCUAUACAGCUCUGUCGUCCCUGACACCGAUAAGAAGUUUGGAAAAUUCAUUGAGAUUGCUUACAAUUACUUCAAGUGUUUUCAUCCUUAUAAACAAGAUCUGGAUCAUCCCGAGCCCUCAUUCGGGUUUGAACUAGUGAAACAAAACUGGAAAAGUGAUCCAGUACAUUUCACUGAUUUGAUAAGGUACUUCUACACUUGUAAGGAAGUGACUGAUCGUCAAAAAGGGUUGUCCUCUUGUGUUCUAAGGACUGCAACUAAGUUGAGGGAAUCUGGGGUGAGCUUUGAGAAAGUCACUGAUCGACCCUUACUUGACAUAAAGUUCGAUAAAGUUAAAAUCUUGAGUUGGUUUCUGUGCUUAGGUUGUCUACCAAAAUCCUCGUACUUCAAAGCUCGCUUGCAAAUACCACAGUUAAAAGUAGACAACACAACAGAAUGUAUUUUUAGAAACCUCAUAGCCUUUGAGCAGUGUCAUUACUCGGAUCAACCGUGCAUCUGUAACUAUGUCUCUCUAAUUGACUCUCUCAUUCACACCAAAGACGAUGUAGAAUUGCUGGUCGAGAAGGAAGUCAUUGUCCAUGAACUUGGGAGCGACAAGGAAGUGGCGACCCUGGUGAAUUGCCUCUGCAAACAUGUUGUGGCGAGCAAGACAUGCUAUAAAAAGACUAUAGAUAAUCUGAAUAAACAUUACCAAAAUGAAUGGUAUCAUACUAUGGCUUCGUUGAGGUUGGUGUACUUUAGAGACGCUUGGAGAGCAAGUUCUACUUUGGUCGGAAUUGCUGUCCUCGCAUUCACAUUCUUCAACUUUUGGCGAAUUCUUACAUUGGUCCUCCACGUCGAUCAAAGGUGACCUUAAUUGGUUGUGAUGUAGCAUAGCAUCUUUAAAUUAUAAGCAACUAAAAUGACAGUGUUGAUCGUAUGAUAAAUAACGUGAGAGGAUCUUCUUGCUGGUGUUUUGUCUAGAAUUUGGUGAAUAAUAUGUGAUAUUGGUAAUAUGUAUUAGUAGGGGAUGUGUCUGGAUCUAAAUGUAGAAGUUUAGGAUCUAAUUCUCAACAGUAGUUAUGAUAGUAGCAUCAUCGUUGUAAGCAGGGAUAAGACUGUUUUAAUAUUUUAUUUAUGGAUGUGUUUAUCCACUUUUUUCCCCA